AUGAGGCUCUCCAGUGGUGCCGGUAUAGGCAUUGGCUUCGCAGUGCUUCCCUUGAUCACUUCAGUUCUUGGUGCCUCGAAUUCUACAUGCCCGCCUGCCAUCAGUUAUACUGCUGACUUCGAAUACACCGAGUGUCGUCAAGACAGCUAUUAUGGUCGUAUCCUAGGCAGAGAACGCAAAGCAGUUUUCCGGGACACAAACACUCCACAAUAUUGUGCUGACUAUUGUGGUCGAAGCGGCUACCCAUGGGGAGGUGUCGAAGCUGGAACCCAAUGUUUCUGUGGUGGUGAACUCGAUGGUGGAGCAGUGACCGGCAACGCCAACUGUUCAACCUACACUUGUUCUGGGGACGCUUCCCAGGAGUGUGGAGGCCAAUACUUCAUGAAGGUGCUCAAAAUCAACAACCCGCUCCCAGUUGAGAAGGUUGACGGAGAUGUCAAACGCCAACCUCUGUGCCAUACAAGCCCCUUGUGCCAACACGCAGUCUGCGAUACAUCACUACCUAUUGCGGAUAGAAUUGCAUCACUCUUGUCAGAGAUGACUCUGGACGAGAAGAUUGCCAACACUGUCAAUGCUGCUGACGGUGUGGGACGCCUCGGGCUGCCAGGCUAUGACUGGUGGAAUGAAGCUCUGCACGGUCUUGCGCAGGCUCCGGGAGUCAAAUUCAAUAGCCCUAAUGGCAGCGCUUUCAGCUAUGCUACGUCCUUUCCCAUGGCUAUCACGACUGGCUCUGCAUUUGAUGAUCUCCUGAUCGGACAGAUCGCCGAUGUCAUUGGCAGGGAAACCCGAGCUUUUGCAAACUUCGAGCAGUGUGGCUAUGACUUCUGGACACCCAAUAUCAACACCUUCCUGGACCCCCGAUGGGGCCGUGGUCAAGAAACACCUAGCGAAGACGCAUUCCACACUCAGCAGUACACAAAGCAGCUGAUUCCUGGUCUCCAAGGAGGUCUAGAUCAUCCUGAAGAGAAACAGAUCAUUGCUACAUGCAAGCACUUCAACCUGUAUUACGCCGAGACAAACAGAUACGGCGAGAACUAUAAUGCUACUGUGCAAGACUUGGCCGAAUACUUCAACCCCCCUUUCAAAUCAUGCGUGCGUGACGUUGCUGUAGGCUCUGUCAUGUGUGCAUACACUGCCACAUAUGGCGUUCCUAGUUGUGCGAGCGAGUACUUCUUGCAAGAUACUUUACGCGAAGACUGGGGCUUCGAAGAUCCUUACAACUAUGUGGUUGCUGAUUGCGGUGCUGUUGAGUACAUCCAUACCAUCCACAACUUCACCGAUACACCUGCCGAAGGUGCCGCUGUUGCUUUGAAUGCCGGUACCGAUUUGGACUGCGGCUUCACCUUUGGGACGUAUCUUAACGAGUCGGUCAUCAACAACUACACCACAGAAGCGCGUCUGAACCAGGCCUUGACUCGUCUUUACACUGGACUUCACACUGUUGGAUACUUUGACGGCCAGAACCAGUAUGCUAACCUGUCUUGGGAGGAUGUUGACACCCAAGAUGCUCGAAACCUCGCUUACAAAUCAGCUUGGGAAGGUAUGGUUCUGCUGAAGAACGAUGGGUUGUUGCCCGUAGCAGCAGAUCACAAGAAGGUUGCACUUAUCGGACCGUACGCGAAUGCAUCUAGCCAGAUGCAGGGUAUCUAUGCUGGCCAAGCACCAUACAUUAUUACUCCUCUGCAAGCAGCAGAAGCAAAUUGGGACAAUGUUCAGUAUGCUUUCGGCACGGGUGUCAAUGGCAGCAACACGACUUUCUUCUCGGCAGCUCUGGACGCCGCUAGAUCGGCUGACCUCCUCAUCUACAUGGGCGGUAUCGACAGCACCAUUGAACAAGAGACCCAAGACCGCAAGUCACUUCUAUGGCCUGGAAACCAGCUUGACCUCGUGCAGCAGCUGAGUGAGCUUGGCAAGCCUCUCGCUGUAGUGCAGUUCGGCGGUGGCCAACUCGACGACAGUGCGCUGCUUGCCAACAAGAAUGUCCGCGCUCUCCUCUGGGCGGGCUACCCAAGUCAGGAAGGUGGAAAUGCUGUCAUCGAUAUUCUGCUCGGUAGACAAGCACCAGCUGGCCGCUUGACCACAACUCAAUAUGCCGCCAACUACGUCAACGAAGUCAGUAUCUUCAACCCGGAUCUGCGUCCGAAUGGAAGCUACCCUGGUCGCACUUACAAAUGGUUCACUGGCAAGCCAGUCCUGCCCUUCGGCUUUGGACUCUCAUACACAACCUUUGAUCUUUCAUGGUGCGGUAAGCCCUUGAAGCACUCGUACAAUAUCAGAAGUUUGUUCAACAAGCGUCAGUCUCAUGGUCAGAAGCCUACUCCACUUGACACUCUGCCUUUCGUCACUCUCUCCACGACCGUCAAAAACACAGGCAAACACACCUCCGACUUCUCGGCUCUCCUCUUCCUCUCAACCUCAAACGCAGGUCCCUCGCCCUACCCCAACAAAUGGCUUGCUUCGUACGCUCGCGCUCACGGCGUCGCCCCUGGCAAGUCUCAGACGGUCAAUUUGGAUAUAUCCAUCGGUUCGUUGGCUCGCGCCGAUGGGAACGGAGACUUGACUGUGUAUCCUGGCAAGUACAAGGUGGCUGUCGACAACGAUGAGCUUUUGACCGCAGAGUUUGAACUUGUUGGUGAUGCUGUUAUUGUUGAUCGGUUGACCAGACAGGGCGUCUACGAGUAUACUGUUCCGGUGCAUUAUAAUGCUAGUGCUAACUUGGUGUGA